UCCAGGACUGGCGUGGUGUGACAAAGCCAUAAGGUAUUGACUGUAUUGAGUCCUCAUGGUCUACAUCUUUGCUUCUCUUUGGCAACGGUUGAUUCCGUUUUAGCCCCGAAGUGUUGUUUAGGUGCGGACAGGAAACAGGAGAUGAAAACAAUGACCCAACUGAAUCACGAAGACUUCCUGUUCAGACCAGGAAAGGACUAUGUGCCAUUCUGUCAUAGACGUAUGUGUGCUGACUGGUUACGCUUCCUCUCUGUGUGCCUGCACAUUGCUUGGAUUGUUCAAUGUGAAGUACAGGCAGCUGAACAUUACGGCUCACACAGGCUCUGGUUAUGCGGAGGAACCCAUUUGCAACAGACAUGUGCUGUAGGAAAGGUUCCCGCAACGCCCUACAAGACCUCUACAACCCCUCACAGUCGGAGCUCUCUGGCAGCGCUGUCCUCCACCAGGCCAGGAGAGACCAGGUGGCGGAGUCAUGCCGGGCCCAAAGUGCGUCCAGCCGGAAGCGGCGGGUCCUGACUCCCGGAGACCUGAAGCACCUGGUAGUAGAUGAGGAGCACGAGCUCAUCUACUGCUACGUACCCAAGGUGGCCUGCACCAACUGGAAGCGCGUCAUGAUGGUACUGACAGGCCUCGGGAAAUACAGCGACCCCAUGGAGAUCCCAUCAAAUGAAGCCCACGUCCCCUCCAACUUGAAGACCCUGAACCAGUACAGCAUCGCGGAGAUCAAUCACCGCCUCAAGACCUACCUCAAGUUCCUUUUUGUCCGCGAGCCCUUUGAGAGGCUCGUCUCGGCAUACCGUAACAAGUUCACCCUCAAGUACAACUCCUCCUUUCACCGACGCUUUGGCACUCGCAUCGUCCGCCGCUACCGCAAGAACGCUACGCAGGAGGCGCUGGCCAACGGCGCCGACGUCAAGUUCCGCGAGUUUGCAGAUUACCUGGUGGACCCAGCGACACAGCGCGAUGGCCCCCUGAAUGAGCACUGGCAGACGGUGUACCAACUGUGCCACCCAUGCCACGUCCACUAUGACCUGGUGGGCAAGUAUGAAACUCUGGAGGAGGACGCCAACUACGUGCUGCGUUUGGCGGGCGCCAGCGAUUCACUGAGCUUCCCGUCGUACGCCAAGUCCACCCGCACCACGGAUGCCAUGACGGCGCAAUUCUUCGGCAACGUGAGCUUCUUGCAGCAAAGACAGCUGUACCAGCUCUACAAGAUGGACUUCCUCAUGUUCAACUACUCCACGCCCAGCUACCUCCAUCUGGACUAGCGGAGGCGUGCAAUUUACGGGACCGGGGACUCUGAGGAGGGUCCUUUGCUGAGAGGCAAAAUCACCGCGAGAGAACUAUUAUCACGGAAAAAACGUUAUUUGAAAACUACCGCAAGGGGGUGGGGUCUAUUCGAGACAGAGAGUAGGUGGUGAUGUCAGCUUGUCUGUCAGUAAGUCUCCACUCUGCUCUGACAUGGGAUUGAGAGGAGGGGGUGGGGGUAGUGAGGUGAUCCAAUAGUGUGUGAGUGUUAGAAAGAAGGAGGACAGAAAGGAGGUGAGCAGGGCUCCCCUGGAAAACGGCACUUUGUGUUCUAUAUGUAAAUGAGCUCCUGGACCAGUUCGGCGGAUUUGGAUUCCACGCAGCUAAUGGCGACCUUGCACGUGCCCUGACCCCAAAGCAUCAUGGGAACUUGUUUAUUUAAUCCCAACCGAUGGAAAAACUCUUGUCAAAUUGUGAAAAUAAUAACAAUAAUUUAAACAAAAACUAAAUGCUCAUACACCUCCCUUUUCUCUGCUGUUGACAUGCCAUGCCCUCAGUCUCGAUGAUGGAGUCCUGCAUUAUCAGCUGGCUGGCUGCCAUUUUGACUACCUUACCCACACACAUACACACUCCCCACACCAAUAGCUGGCUAUUGACUUAGCUCCAUCCAACCGUCAAAUGAGAGUGAUUCUGAAACAAUCUGGGGCCAAGAGUUGUAACAGUGUUUGGCUACAGCACUGGUCUUCAUACCGUGGUUUAGGAAGAAAACUUGAACUAGAACUCCUUAAACCUGAUGGCCUUCUCUGCAGCCCUGACACAGAACAUUAUAGACUUUGGACCAUAGGAAGUACAAAGAUACGUGUGUGCCCUUGUGAUGGAGGGUUAUCUCCCAUUUUCUACGAAAGAAGCAGAGGAGAGAUGGCCAGCGUGGUUUUGAAAGGGUUAACCGAAGGGAGAUAGGCGAUAGUCUUAUAAUCUUGCCCGCUCUUGCAAACCAACCAGUUUCCACGCCUAUAGCCACGCUCCCCUACACUCCUUCUCUGACGACUAAACACAUUUAUUUUUAAAUGUUUGGUUAAGAAUCUUUUGUUAUUUUUGUUUUUUUCCUGUUUUGUUUAUGUUGCCUUUUGAAAUGUUGCUGCGAGCAGCAAUACAAAAAUAUUAUUUAAAUUGCUUGGUUGAAGAGAGAUUACAUUUUGUUUCUUGACAAAUUAACUUUUGUUGUCGAUAUUUAAAAAGAUUGUUACUGUUAUUACAAGUUUUGUUGUAAUAGUCUGUUUGUUGUUAUUGUCUUUCCACAUUUGUCUCUGGGAAACUCACUAGAUUUCCAUUGAUUCAGAAUUCAUGAAGGGCAUACAAUUGCGUCAGGUCCAAGGCUUUGUUAUUCUGUGCGUGAAUAGAUGAGCUAUCUCAUGGGAUUUUAUGCUUUAUUAUCCCAUUCCCUGCAGUCAAACAUGGUGCCAAAAAGGUUGGAACACUGACAAUGCCAUGGAUGAGACAGGGUCAGCUAAACUCAUAUCAGUGUCAUUCAAACAGUGAGAAUAGAGGUCUGCUAAGAUAACGAGGGUCUGACUAUACAUAGCAACAAUACAGACAACCACAACUGCAACUGAAUACAAGUGAUAAUGGUCUAUAUUAACCUGCCAAAGUCAGUCAUACUAGCGGGUUGAAACUGCCAUUGUUAGGUCAUGUCUAGAGGUCAUUUUUACUCAAUGUGACUAGGUAGCUGAAAUAGAUUUUUACUUUGCGAGUGUAUUGAAAGUGAGACAGAAAAGCAGGCAGAGUCAGGGAGAGAAGUCAUGAUACUUUUUUAAAUGUAAUUUAUUUUUUAUUCUGACUAAAGACAGAUAUGUUUUACAGGGUAAUAUCUGUUACUGCUUGGGUAUACAGUGCCCUCCAAAAGUAUUGGAACAGUGAGGCCAAUUCCUUUAUUUUUGCUGUAGACUGAAAACA